AUGUGUCAAAAGAAUUCCAUCAAGAUUCGUUUGUUACUUCCUUGGUGUGGUCCAUAUCUGGUCAUGAUUCGAAUUUUAAGCAGUUGUGAAUUCAUUUACAGCACCUUCCCAGUUUUAUAUUCAAUGAUUUCAAUCAUCACUGUGACAAUGGCAACUGUCAUUUAUAUUGUCACAAUUGUGAGAGUUCUUUAUUUGAGAAAUUUAUAUGAAAUUGUUGCAAAAAGAAAUAACAUUGGAUUUUACAAGAGAUUGGCCUCCAAGAAUUUUGGAAUUGUGAUCACUCUAUUGUUAUGUUUCUUGACAUUUUUGGUCAUGCUUGUUUUCAUUCCAAUGUUUUCCAAAAUUUACUUGACCAGUUCAUAUAGCGUUACAACUAAGAAAGCAAUUGAUGCUGAUCGAUUUAAAAUGUUUCUGACAACAUUGAGCAAAUUGAUCCCAAAAGAUUGUAUUUUAGUCCUUGACAACGCAUCCAUUCAUAAGGAAAAAGAAGUCUAUAGUAUAAUGAAUGGCCAAGGUAUUAGUGUGUUUUGGCAAAGCCCAUACUCUCCUGACUUCAAUCCCAUUGAAUUGCUUUUCGGAUGGAUGAAAACAGAGUUGAAAAACUACGAACAUUCGGUUGACUCUCUCGAAGAGAUAAUGAAUCAUUAUAUUUGA